AUGGCUCUCCCUUCUAAAUUCUCUUCAGUGGGUCUUCUGAAGGAAGAAAGUAGAAGGAGCUUGUCCAGUGGCGGCGGCAGACCCAGACCGAAACCUGCUGAGUACAUCUAUAGGCGGAUUGAUGCCAAAGUGCACAACGCAGCAGAGGUAAACACUUAUCGAAAUGCACCAGAAUUGGUCCCCAUGGACGAUACGAAGGAAGCUAAAGCCAUAUCAGACUAUGUUCAGACGUCGCGGUCGUCCGGGACUCUUGAGGUUGAUGCAAUGGACUUGGACACCUUGUGUCAGACGCAAAGACAGACGUUUGUAGUUGAUGGGAACAUGUCGUAUCUUAUAGUGGAUACAAACUUUAUCUUGUCUCAUUUAGAUGUUUUAGACCAGCUUCGAAAGUUGGCCAAGGAGCACAGGCAUCGUAUUGUAAUCCCAACAACGGUGAUUCAGGAGUUGGACGGGUUGAAGAACUCUCUGCGGUCUGAGAAAGGCAGUGGGAUUUCAGUGUCGACCAUGAGCAAAUUGGCUAGGUGGGCCAUCGACUGGAUCUACAAUUGCUUUGCUGUCAAGGAUCCAGGGGUAGUGGGGCAAACCAAAGAUCAACGGAUCAACAGGUUAGCCGUGAAGGAUGAAGCCAUUUUAGACUGUUGUCUAUACAUUAAAAGAGAAAACCCAAAAACAAUACAGGUUCUCAUGUCCAAUGACAAGAACCUAUGUGCUAAAGCCCUUUUGAACGAUAUCCUUACUGUCAGUUAUAGAGACGGCAUGACAGCGGAGAGUAUUGCUCUGACGAUUUCACACGAGAAUUUCCAUCAAUUUGGGAGACUUGAACGUCACACAAUUGUAAAAGAAAGACAUAUAGAAAUUCCUUGUACGUCAAACGAGGAAAUAGAGAAGAAAGUCUUUGACGAGGUUUUUCUGUUGACCAAAGCAAUGGUGCAUCACUGUAUAGUACAGAACUACGGCAGUGACAUGAGUCUAGUAAGGGGGUACGAUAAAGACAAGAUUCAAUCUCUAUAUGACGUCGCAGACGUUGUUUCCAGGUUUUGGAUACCUGUAUUCAGUCGGUACUUCGACAGCUCGGUCUACAAAGAACGAUUUGCCGGAAAAUUCCCGAAUAAAGAGUUUUGUGAUCAAACUCACGAUAAAGCAAGUCUCAAGGAAUUUAUUACGUUUUGGAGUGGGUUUCUUGAAGCGAUUGUAGGUAGAGAGCUUGAUGGUAAGAAGGUGGCUCACAUGAACACCAUCAUCCAGCGAUGGUGGGACAUGCAAACAUUGUACAAUGAGUGA